AUGUCUAAAAAUAGCAACAUGAAUAACAGUAGGUCUCAAGAACCGAAUAACAUGUUUGUACAAACUACAGGAGGCGGUAAGAACGCUCCAAAACAAAUACAUGUCGCACAUAGACGUUCCCAAAGUGAAUUGACAAAUUUGAUGAUUGAACAAUUCACUUUGCAAAAGCAACUGGAACAAGUCCAAGCGCAACACCAGCAAUUAAUGGCACAACACCAACAGUUGGCACAACAGACAGGUCAGUAUUUAUCAGGGAAUCCUGGUGCAGGCAGCCAUUUUACUCCUCAACCUCCUCAUCCCCAUUACAACUCGAACGGUAAUUCGCCCAAUAUGAGUGCUGGCGGCAGCAGAAGUAGAACUCAUUCUAGGAACAACUCUGGAUAUUAUCACAACUCUUAUGAUAACAACAAUAAUAGUGGUAACAACAAUACUGGGUCCAACUCCCAUAGAAAAACAAGUUCACAAUCUAGUAUUUACGGUCAUUCGAGAAGACAUUCAUUAGGCCUAAAUGAAGCCAAAAAGGCUGCUGCUGAAGAACAGGCGAAAAGAAUAUCUGGGGGUGAGGCCGGGGUAACUGUGAAGAUAGAUUCCGUUCAGACAGAUAAUAACCCAAAUUCCACAAGGGAGCAGUCUGACUUCAAAUUCCCCCCACCGCCAAAUACACAUCAGGGCCAUCGUCGCGCAACUUCAAACCUAUCACCACCCUCCUUCAAAUUUCCUCCAAACUCUCACGGUGAUAAUGAUGAUGAAUUCAUAGCUACUUCUUCGACGCACCGCCGUUCGAAGACGAGGAAUAAUGAGUAUUCACCGGGCAUCAAUUCUAAUUGGAGAAAUCAAUCGCAGCAACCUCAACAGCAACUCUCUCCUUUCCGUCACAGAGGUUCUAGUUCAAGGGAUUAUAAUUCUUUCAAUACUUUGGAACCUCCGGCAAUAUUCCAGCAAGGGCACAAGCAUCGUGCUUCUAAUUCAUCAGUUCAUAGUUUUAGUUCUCAGGGCAAUAACAAUGGAGGUGGGCGUAAAUCACUCUUUGCACCUUAUCUUCCUCAAGCUAAUAUUCCAGAACUAAUUCAAGAAGGAAGACUUGUAGCUGGUAUUUUGAGAGUUAAUAAAAAGAACAGAUCUGAUGCUUGGGUUUCUACCGAUGGUGCUCUUGAUGCAGACAUUUACAUUUGUGGCUCUAAAGAUCGUAAUAGAGCUCUUGAAGGUGAUCUGGUUGCAGUGGAGUUAUUAGUUGUUGACGACGUUUGGGAAUCUAAGAAAGAAAAAGAAGAGAAGAAGAGAAGAAAGGAUGCUUCUAUGCAACAUGAUCUGAUUUCUUUAAACAGCAGUGACGACUACCACAACGAUGCAUCUGUCACUGCUGCAACAAGUAACAACUUCUUGUCUUCACUUUCGCCAUCUGACUCGGCAAACAAAGAUGAUUCGUCUGUUAGAAGGAAUAGAUCAUCAACUAUUAAUGAUAGUGAUUCUUUAUCAUCUCCUACCAAGACGGGAGUUAAGAGAAGAAGUUCAUUGAAACAACGUCCAACUCAAAAGAAAAAUGAUGAUGUUGAGGUUGAAGGCCAAUCAUUGUUGUUAGUUGAGGAAGAGGAAAUUAAUGAUAAAUACAAGCCACUUUACGCGGGCCAUGUUGUUGCUGUUUUGGAUCGUAUCCCUGGCCAGUUAUUUAGUGGUACAUUGGGUUUAUUGAGGCCAUCUCAACAGGCUAAUAGUGACAACAAUAAACCACCACAAAGCCCAAAGAUUGCUUGGUUCAAACCUACUGAUAAGAAGGUCCCAUUAAUUGCAAUUCCCACAGAAUUGGCUCCUAAAGAUUUUGUUGAGAAUGCUGAAAAAUACUCCGAAAAAUUAUUUGUUGCCUCUAUCAAACGUUGGCCAAUCACAUCUUUGCAUCCAUUUGGUAUUUUGGUUUCCGAACUUGGGGAUAUUCACGAUCCUAAUACUGAAAUUGAUUCUAUUUUAAGGGAUAACAAUUUUCUCUCAAACGAAUAUCUGGAUCAAAAAAAUCCACAGAGAGAAAAACCAAGUUUUCAGCCAUUACCAAUAACUGCUGAAAGUCUAGAGUGUAGACGGAACUUCACAGAUGUUAACGAAUACAAUAUCUUCGCAAUUUCUGAGCUUGGAUGGAUCUCAGAAUUUGCCUUGCACGUCAGGGAUAACGGAAACGGCACUCUAGAGCUAGGUUGUCAUGUUGUUGACGUAACUGGUCAUAUUGAAGAAGGUUCUUCUGUUGACAAGCGUGCCAGAAAGAGAUCGUCAGCUGUGUUUAUGCCUCAGAAACUUGUCAAUUUACUGCCACAAUCUUUCAAUGAUGAACUUUCAUUAGCACCUGGUAAGGAGUCAGCCACGAUAUCGGUUGUUUACACCCUUGAUUCAUCUACUUUAAGAAUCAAAUCUACAUGGGUAGGCGAAUCCAAAAUUUCUCCAUCGAAUAUUCUAUCCUUGGAACAGUUAGACGAACAAUUAUCAACAGAAAGCCCUGGUAGCUACCUUUCUACUGUACAAGAAAUCGCCAGGUCAUUUUAUGCUAGAAGAAUAAAUGACCCAGAAGCUAAACUGCUUCCCACAUUAUCUUUGUUGGAAAGCUUGGAUGAUGAGAAAGUUAAAGUUGACUUAAACAUCUUGGAUAGAACCCUAGGCUUUGUUAUAAUAAAUGAAAUUAAAAAAAAAGUUAAUUCAACCGUAGCAGAAAAAAUUUACACCAAGCUUGGUGAUUUAGCUCUUUUGAGAAGACAGAUGCAACCCAUUGCAACCAAAAUGGCAUCAUUCAGGAAGAAGACUCAAAAUUUCGGGUACAAUUUUGAUACCAAUACGGCGGAUGAAUUAAUGAAAGCGGUACUACAAAUUGAAGAUGAUGAUGUUCGGGUUGGAAUUGAAAUUUUGCUCUUCAAAACCAUGCCAAGAGCUAGAUACUUCAUUUCUGGGAAAGUUGACCCAGACCAAUAUGGACAUUAUGCUCUGAACCUGCCUAUCUACACACAUUUCACAGCUCCAAUGAGAAGAUAUGCAGACCAUGUCGUUCAUAGACAGUUAAAGUCCAUUAUACACGAUGUUCCGUACACUGAAGAUAUGGAAGCUCUAAAGAUUACUUCAGAGUAUUGUAAUUUUAAGAAGGACUGUGCUUACCAGGCACAAGAACAAGCAAUUCAUCUACUGCUAUGUAAAACAAUUAACGACAUGGGCAACACUACUGGUCAACUAUUAACAAUGGCUACAGUCUUGCAGGUUUAUGAGUCUUCCUUUGAUGUCUUUAUUCCAGAAUUUGGGAUUGAAAAAAGGGUUCAUGGAGAUCAACUUCCCUUGAUCAAAGCAGAAUUCGACGGUACAAAUCGUGUUUUAGAGCUAUAUUGGCAACCUGGUGUAGAUAGUGCAACUUUUAUACCAGCCGAUGAAAAAAAUCCAAAGUCCUAUAGAAAUUCCAUUAAAAACAAAUUCAGAUCUACAGCCGCUGAAAUUGCGAACAUUGAACUUGACAAAGAGGCUGAAGCUGAACCAUUGAUUAGCGAUCCAUUAAGUAAAGAACUUAGCGAUUUACAUCUAACAGUACCAAGUUUAAGGCUACCAUCAGUCAGCGAUAACAAGCAAAAUGCUUUGGAUAAGUUUAGUUCUACUACUGAAACCAGAAUCGAAAAUGAUAACUAUAUACAAGAAAUACAUGAGCUGCAAAAAAUUCCCAUUUUAUUGAGAGCAGAAGUGGGAAUGGCUCUGCCAUGUUUAACUGUACGUGCAUUAAAUCCAUUCAUGAGGGGAGUAUAA